GUACAAUAUACCGCCAUUUUGAGUCAACGGCGUCGUUUCUCGAUACUCUACAGGUGAUCGCGAUCGUUUUAUUACCCAACUGCAAACCGGUUUUCAAAAUCCGAUUCAUAGACUUGCGCCAUGGAAACUCCAGUGAGAAUUCUCAGUCUAAAUCGCCAGCUUUUCGCCAAAAUGACGCCGUCCGCUCUUACGUUCUCUCCCAAACUUCUCCGACCCCCAAAUCCCUUACUUCCAUUUCACACUGCCGCUCGAAACGGCGUCGUCAAAAGAGCCCCCUUUUCUCUUUCUCUCGCACAGCCACAGUCCUCGUUCAACUUCUCCACCCAUACAAACCCCUUUCAAUCCCUCCUCUUCUCUCUCUCUUCCCAAUUCCCGAUCAACAACUUCAACCACUCGCUCUCGCACUCACACGACGGCGUUUUCACAUGGAACCGAGCUUUCCAGAGUGGCAUUGAUGGAAAUGUGGGUUCUUUCGGAACCCAAAAGCGUGAAGUAACCGUCGUCUUGCUGGGUUGGCUUGGGGCCAAGACCAAGCACCUGAAGAAGUACGUGGAGUGGUAUAACUCCAGAGGCAUUCACGCCGUGACCUUCGUUGUUGAUGCGAGGGAGGUGCUCUGGUUUGACUUGGGCCACCGGGUCGAAAAACGGGUUUCGGAUUUGGCCCACGAGCUCGUUUCAUGGGUGGAGGAGAGGGUAGAGGAUGGGAGAGAAAGGUGUUUGCUUUUUCACACUUUCAGCAAUACGGGUUGGUUUGUAUAUGGCGCCAUUCUUGAAAUUCUUCAGGGUAGACAAGACCUGAUGGAGAAGAUUAAAGGAUGUAUUGUUGAUUCAGGAGCAGCGGAGCCUUUUAAUCCUAAGGUGUGGGCAGCGGGCUUUUCUGUCGCUAUCUUGAAGAAACGCAGCUCUUUAACAAGCCCCGCGGUUGAGGCUAGAGAACUGAAUAAGUCUGAAGAUGCAGUGAGCUUGUCAAAGAUGCAAGAAGAGAAACCUCUGAUAGUUGAAACCAUGGUUCUGUUGGUAUUAGAGAAGCUGUUCUCAGUUCUUCUAAAGUUGCCUGACGUGGACAAGAGGUUGUCGAAGGUAGUUUCUAUCCUCUCAGAAAACACUCCUUAUUGCCCUCAACUUUACCUGUAUAGUACCGCUGAUGGAGUUGUUCCGCAUCAGUCGAUCGAGUUGUUCAUUGCAGAGCAGAGGAGGAAGGGUAGAAUGGUUAGGUCCUUCAAUUUCGGCUCAUCACCCCAUGUAGACCACUUCAGGACUUUCCCCAACAUCUACUCUUCAAAGCUCGACUGUUUCUUGAAGGAUUGUUUAGCUACCUCUAAGACGACAGCAUAAAAUUCUGCAAAUGCAGAGUGUUGUGCAGGAACUUAUUUGAAGUUAUAAAUCAAUUGAUGAUAACAAUUUACUAAUCUUUAUACGAGUGCCAGAAUUCAUUGGAAACU